CAAAGCCAGUUUCAUCUCCUUGCUUCUGUAGCGGCAUCUUCUUCUAAAUCAGCACAUUGCCAAUUGAAUCUCAACGAUAUGGAAAUGAAGGGACAAUCUUAACUGUGAAUCAACCAAAAAACAAUUAGAAAUGUCUUUACUUUUGGUGAAGUGGAACAGCUCAUGUUCACAUUUUGAUAAAACACACAUGAAUAUGUUCCAGCUUAUAUAUAAUCAUUGAUCAAUUCACAUUCUUUCAAGAACUAGUCCAAUUGAAGUGACUUUGUCUCCUAGUGCUAAUUACUUACUGUUUGCUAACUUUAUUUAGUGAGCAGAGCUAGUUUAUUGAACAGAGAUAAUGUCUAUGGCAUGUCAAAAAUGUCGACUGCCAUUGACACUGCCACCGUAUAGUCAACGACUUCGUUGUGAGUGUAGCAAUUUGAUUCAACUAGGCAAUAGUGAUAGGUCAUUGCAGGUCCAAGAGCGCGGUAGGAUGAGUUCUAGAAUGAGAAGAUUUCGGGAUAAAAUUAGGAGAAAUAGAUCAAGAACGAAGAGUCUAUCUCCUUCUCCGAGUGUUAGUCCUCGUUUACCUCUUAUUUUUACAAAGCCACCACCAAGUGGGAAGCGCGCAUUCCUUUGUGGAGUGACUUACAAGAAGGAGAAGUUCAGGCUCAGAGGAACAUCGCAUGAUGUAAACAGCAUGAGGGAUUUGUUGGUCCAAAAAUUUAACUUUUCAGAUGAAUCCAUUCUCAUUCUAGCAGAAGAAGAGGCCUAUAAUCCUCCAACCAGGAGAAACAUUUUAGACGCUUUCAAGUGGCUGAUGGCAGACCUUAAAUCAGGUGACUCGUUGGUGUUCUACUUCUCAGGACAUGGCUUACGACAACCUGAUUUUAGCGACGAUGAAACAGAUGGUUUUGAUGAAACAAUAUGUCCUCUUGACUUUAGGACUAAAGGCAUGAUCAUUGAUAAUGCCAUCAAUGAUAUUCUUGUUAAGCCACUAAUUUCUGGUGUUACACUUCAUGCUAUCAUCGACUCUUGUCAUAGUGGAACUGUUCUCGACUUACCUUGGGUCUACAAAGAGAAUGGAUGGGCUGAUAACAGACCCCCAUCCGGCGCUAAUAAGAGCACGAGUGGUGGAAGGGCUAUCAGUUUGAGUGCUUGCAAGGAUAAUCAACUAGCUGCAGAUACCUCUGCUUUCUCUGCUGAAAAAACUAUGACUGGUGCCAUGACUUGCACAUUUAUUAGAGCUCUCAGGGAAAAUCCAGAUAUAACAUACCAAGGGUUACUUGAUUAUAUGCACAAGGCCAUCGAAAAGGUCAACAACGCUAGAUGUCCGCUGCUGAAGGUAUUCCAACGCAAGAUAGACCAGGAACCAGUGUUAUCAUCUUCUGAAAAAUUUUACACUAAUUCAAAGUUCAAGCUCUAAUUCUGCAGCAGAAAGAUGAAUGCCAAAGGAGGCUGCUGCUUGUUUCAUACUUGUCUUUUAUAUUACUUCCAUUAUUUUUAGCCUUCCUAUCUUUUUUGAAAAGGCAAUCCAACGAUUUGUAUCAAAUCUCUCUUUGGCAUUUUUCUGUGUUGAUUCUCCAUAUUAUUUGUGACUCUAUCUCUGAGUUAAUAAAUGAUAGUACUAGUUUUCAAAUAAA